ACCUCUUCCUCUUCUCCUUCCCUUCUCUAGCUUUCAGAUCUUAGCCUCCCUCCUCCUCCUCCUUCCUUCAAGGGCUGAAGCUCUGCUGGUUUAGGGUUUUGUCUUCUGAGUUCUGUGGGGUUGUUCUGGAGUUCCGUUCUUGAAUCUUGUGUUUUGUGUUGUUUAAUUUAACAACAAAACCCCACAUAGAUCCAAUCAACUUAGGUUUAAUUUGUUUUCUCCGAAGCAAAAAAAAACCCUGGAAAAUUAAUCUUAAUUAGAUGCUGGCUCUUUUGUCCUUGAUGUUUGAGAUUCAUGUCUCCGGUGCUCAGUGAAAUCCUCCUUUCCGGGUUUAUGGUAGAUUCCGCCCUCCGGCGCAGGACCCAUUUAGUUCAAUCCUUCUCCGUCGUCUUCCUUUACUGGUUCUAUGUGUUUUCAUAAAUCAGCUCCCAACUCAGCUUCGUAAUACUACUAUUAUACUACCAAAUUAUUAUCAUCAGUAAACUAUAAUUAUCAGAAUAAUCGUGGUCCUGCGUCGUGUCGUUUUAAAUCUAAAAGAGUUUCUGUUCUGUUUGAUAUAUAUUAUAUCGAUCACUCUACCAUAUUUAUGGCUUCUUCGAGUGGAAACUCAUCGGGGUCUCAACUUCUGAAUUCGGGGUCGGAAGGCGACCUUCAGCAUGUGAUGGAUCAGCGGAAAAGGAAGAGAAUGCAGUCCAACCGGGAAUCGGCGCGGCGGUCGCGGAUGCGGAAACAGCAACACUUGGAUGAGCUGACGGCUCAGGUGACGCAGCUGAGGAAGGAAAAUGGUCAAAUUCUGACCAGCAUAAACAUCACCACCCAGCACUACAUGAACGUGGAGGCCGAUAAUUCGGUUCUCAGGGCACAGAUGACGGAGCUCAGCCAUAGACUGGAAUCUCUGACCGAGAUCCUCAACUAUAUCAAUGGAAACAACAAUGGUAAUAAUAAUAAUGGGGUGUUUGAAACCGAACCGGCCCAGCUGCUUCAGACCGGCUCCACCGCUGCCGAUCAUAACAGCUUCAUUAUGAACCCUUGGAAUAAUUUGCUCUACUCAAACCAGCCCAUCAUGGCCACUGCAGACAUGCUUCAGUACUAACUGUUCAUGAUCAUCACCACAAUGGCCCCCCAAAGAGGCGAGUGAUUAGGUGAAGCAACAUGACUGGUGACGAGAGCUUAAUUGGCCUGAUGGACAAUUGGAAAGGUAGCUAGCUAGGGACCCAGAAAAGGGUGUUCUUGAUUUGAAAAUGGAAUUUGGGUCAUUAAUGAA